CGCUGCAGACCCGUGUCGCGGCUGGACCGCUCCAAGGACUGUCCCAUUCCUAGAGCAUAUUUUCUUACUUCAGCGUCUUUAUAUUACCCUGACCCCUCCACUCUUGUCAUCCCUUAUGUUCGUCUCCUUCUUUUCUCAACGAUAUAGUCGCAAUGAUGGACGAAAAACGCUCUGGUGUCGAGACGCCACUCUAUCCCUACGAGGAGGAUGGAAUUAUUACCUCAGGGAACCGCCAUUUCACCGGUGAACGUGAUGUCUUUGGGAAUGAAGAAACCCACCAGAUCAAGUAUAAGACUUUGAGCUGGCAGCUGGUGGCCGUUCUCAUGAUUGCCGAGAUCGUCUCGAAUGGCAUGCUCAGUCUUCCCAGCAGUGGCGGUGUCGUUGGUCUCAUUCCUAAUGUCAUCCUUAUCGUGUUUCUGGGCAUUUUCGGCACUUUAACGGCUUAUCUGUUGGUUCAAUUUAAGCUCAACCAUCCCGAGGUUCACAACAUGGGAGAUGCAGGGUACAUCAUCUUUGGUGUUGUGGGGAGAGAAAUUCUUUCAGCAGGAACCGUUAUCUUUGCAGUCUUUGCAACGGGUGGCCAACUUCUUGCUGGCCAAAUCGCUCUGGGUGUCCUAUCAGACUCCCGCCUUUGCCUCAUGCUCUAUACCGGAAUCUUCACCAUCCCAACUCUUAUUUUCAGCUUCCCCCGCACUCUCGAUCGCCUCUCAUGGCUCUCAGUCCCCAGCGUCUUCUCCAUCCUCAUUGCCGGCAUCGUCGGCAUGAUCGGUGCUGGAAUCAACCCGCUCGAGGGCCGAACCACCAGUUUGUUCCUCCAGCCCACUUUCGUCAAUGCCUUCGUCUCAGUCACCAACCCCGUCUUUGCGUACGCCGGCCAUUUCAUGUUCUUCAUCCUCAUCUCAGAAAUGCGCAACCCGAAGGAUGCUAUGAAAGCCGCAUACACCUUGCAGAUCUUCGCUACUACCUAUUACGCAGUGUUUGCAAUCGUCACUCACUGGUACCUCGGUGACGGCGUUGUGAGCCCGAGUUUCUCUAGCCUGCCACCCGUGUGGGCGAAAGCGGCGUACGGCAUCGCGAUCCCAAACUUCUUGAUCGCUGGAAGCUUGUACGCGCACACAGCAGCGAAAUUAAUCUUCCUACGCCUCUUCCGUAAUUCGGAGCAUCUGCACAGCCAUACUUUGAUAGGCUGGGGGACGUGGACCGUCCUAAUUCUGAUCAUGAACGCCGCAUCCUUCGUCCUGGCUGUCGGGGUGCCGAUCUUCUCCUACUUGAUCGGGAUUGCGGCGUCGCUGUUUGCAAGUUGGUAUACGUAUGGUAUCGCGGGCGCUUUCUGGCUGCAUGAUUCUUACUACCUGAGUGGUGACGGUGUGAGGGCGUGGAAGCGCAGACCGACGAUGUUUGUGUUGAGUGUGUUGACGUUUGCGGCUGGAGGGUUUAUUUGUGUUGCGGGAACGUAUGUGAUUGUUACAUUGAUCAUAUCGGCGUAUAAUAGUGGAUCGGUUCCACCACCAUUCCAAUGCUGAUGAAGCUGAGCUAUGAAUACCAUGUGCAGUACGUAGAUAGCGGCAUAAAGUAUCGGGAAUACAGGGCAUUAUUUUAUGAAGGCCACUAAAUGCCCUGUAAGGUCUUACUUUAAUCUCCCUGUAGCUAUUCCUGGUUCCCUGUAAGC